UCAUGAUUGAAUGACUGUCCUCCCGGAUUUGUCUCCCCAUCCCUCUCUCCAAACACCCUACUACCCAGCUUGCCCUCGCACCUUGAUUGAUAUUUCUGAUUGCGACGACGCGCGCGCUCUUCGUCUCAGAAUGAGGGUCACCACCUAUGGGUGCCUUUGGCUACGCCAUAGGGUCCCGGGUGCGGGUGCCAUCCUUCCGCUGAUCCUGCUGGCCGCUGUGCAAGCACGCCCUCACCCUCAACAAGAGCCUUUGCCGACCUCGAGUCCGGGUGGCGACCCCGGUCCCUCGUCGAGCGUCAGCUCCAGAACUUCACCCUUGCCUUCUCCCACUUCCGCCUCCGCUUCCGCUUCUGCGUCUGCACAAGCAACAACUUUCACAUCCAGCUACAUAACCACCCUGAGCUCUGGUCAGCCCCGACCCACCGGUGCACCAUCUACGGGAUCCGUAUGGGCAACCUACACGAUCUACACGACUACACUGAGCCCAUCUCCAACAGCCAGUACCAGCGCACCGACUCCCUCGAGCACGGCGGAUGGCAACGCAGGCAUGGCCGCUUCCUCGGACGAUUUGCCCCUCAAUACGAGGAUCGACGCCGCUUUUGGCGUAUUGGGGGUGGUGAUGAUCAUCACUGGAGGUGCACUGGCUGUGCGCGCCAGUCGAUCGCGAUGGAUACUCUACUUUGUCAGCGCGUUCUAUUGGUUCGCUCUUGUGACGUUGUGCAUGAUCUUCAAGCUAGGUAUCGAAAGAGCGAUAUUCGAUCCUUCACCCACUACCCGCGGCCUCUUCUUGCUCGCUUGCUUAGUCGUGGGCAUCAUUGGCGGGGUUCUAGCGCUCUUCUGGCACGCUGGCGCUGCUCUUUUGGCUGCGUCUCUUGGGGGACUGUCGCUGGGACUCUUCAUCCAGGCGUUGCAUCGUGACGGUCUCAUACAGCAGCUCGUACUUCGCUGGGCGCUCUACCUCGGGUGUAUCGCCGUCUUCUUUUCGAUCGCUGUAUCCAAGCGCAUUCAGCCGCUGGUCCUCCUUGCAGCAUCGGCUCUUACCGGCAGCACCAUUGUGAUGCUUGGCAUCGACUGCUACACGACAGCUGGCCUCAAAGAAUUCUACGCUCGCAACCUGCUCGGUGAUCAGCUGUUCGCCGAUCGCCACAGGCCAACAUUUGAGCACGGUCAGUUUCCGUUGCCUCAAGCCGUCCAGAUCGAGCUCGGCGUCAUCGGCGGCUGUACCUUGAUGAGCUUGGCCUUACAGUCCAAGAUGUUUGCCGAGCUUCGAGCUAAUCUGCGUGCCCUCAAGUCUGACGACGAAGAUCGACGAAUCAACGCUCAGGCGAGACGUGCCUCGCAGCACGUCUUUCGCAAUGCGCAGAGAGACCUCGCAGAAUGGGAAAGAAGGCACGGAUAUCGCACGGACGAUCCUGAGCUUGGAAGCCAAGGAACUCCCACCGAAGAGAAGGCCUCCGACAAUCGGUCCCAUUUCGCACGUGGCAGCUUCACCCGAAACAACUCAGGCCAAUCGCUUUCCCCGAUUCCGGAAGCUGGAGAUGAAUUCGUCCAGCGCAGUAUCUUCUACGGCGCGACUGCGCCCGCGAGGAGCAACUCACACGUCAGUUUUGCUGACAGUGUCAAGGGCCUGAGCCGCAACGAAAACGUCGGCAGGUCAGACACGAUGUAUGCGGGCAACGCCGUUCGCUUUCCUACUGCUGUAGCGGCAGCCAAUCCCGCCCGCGGCGAUGAUCCUCCAGCAAGAAGUGCUGAUCUUCAAGAGCGGCAACGACUACUUGACGAGAUUGCCAACAUCCGCCAGAGCAUUUCCUCAUUGCACAGUGCUUUGCCAGCUGGAACACCUCCAAGCGCACCUGAAGAGGCACUGAGCGCUACAGGCAGCUACCAUGCCCCCCUUCGAGGCGACGGUGGGCGACGGAGUGUCAACUUUGCACCUGGUACGACAUCCAGCAAGCCCGCGCCUUGGACUAGUGAUGACCGCACCAAGCGGUCGAGGGUCGUUUCGGCCCCGAUGUUACCUAGCCUGCUGUCCCUGGCGCAGGACGAGCUGAGCCAAGGCUUCAGAACCAUGAUCGAGGACGAAGUUCGCCUCUCAUCUCCAGAAGAUAGCCUACCUACGCAGACCAGCCAGGAUGGCGUGUACGAGCCGCAAAGGUCUUUCGAUGCGGGGCGCCGCUUUAGCGAACAAGGUCCAAGAUUUGAUAUGAGCGCAGAGUUGCAGGCAGACUUGGCUUUCCCGCCUACGGCGCCUCCCCAGCUUCGGCCUUUGCACUUGCCAGCCAGAACGGGUGCUAAUAGUCCAGAAGCCUCGGUCGGCCGCGGCAUGUUGGAUGCGCCUGAGCCGCGAGCUUCCAAGACGCAAUUCGAUCUGACGGCAAAGGCUCCAGAUUCGCCGCGACGAGUCAUCAAUGGCACCGUGCCUGCGAGCCGACGUCGUUCAACCCUUUCAUACCGCAACAGCUCGAUCGACUGGCCCGCAGACGCCGUCAAGGGAAUCGCGAACGAGUCCGGGCCUUCCGGUGCUGUGCACAUGACCAUGGCGGAGCUGCAAGAACGCCACAAAGCCAAGCUCGCUGCCAAACAAUCGAGAGUGUCAGCAACGUUUGAGCUAGAGCUCGCGAAGCAGCAUUGGGAGCAAAAGGUGGCAGAAGAACGCAAGACGAUGCAUCUUCGCGAGCGCGUGCGCGCACACGAGGCAGCAGUGGCUGCAGCUCAAGCCGAGGAGCAGCUGCGCCAGCAAGCCUCCACAGGUGCAGCUCAAUCGCAGUAUCGUCGAUCGAUGAAUCAGCUCCUCAUACUAGGUGAAAGGGAUGGCAGCGUAAAGAAGGACGAGCGCUCGGACGCGACACAACGCGCAAAGGAAUGGCGCCAAAGCGUGCGCCUUUCCAAAGACGGCGCGUCGUCGAUGGAUCGCUUUCGAAGGUCGCGUCCCACAUCGAUGACCCUCGAUCACCAACCUGAGCUCAGCAACGACCCGACGGUCAGACCGGCAUCUGCCGGUGGCUUUAACAAAGAUCAGAAUCAUAAAGCCACGUACGACAAGCUGGUGAGCUCACAAGCCCACGCAGAGGUAUCGGAAAGAUACCCUUCCAAGGGCAGCGCCAACCUCGAGAAGGUGCACAGAAUGCCGAAAGGAGAGCUCACGGAGCUGGACCGGCGUCGUAUUUCGCAGGGCGCUCUCGGCCGCCCUUUGAAUGGCUCCGCAAGCAACAAGACUCUGCUCGAUUUUGAAAACACUGCGAUUGUCGAUCAAGCAUGGAACAAACGUACCUCGCGCACCGUCGCGGGCAAGUAGCUGAGGCAGUGCUGAAUUUGCACUCGGCUUCGUCUGGCAGGCUUACAGCCGCUGCUCUGCUGCGAUUUGCGUUCUGCAUGACUCGAAAAUGCCCGAUGCUUGCUGCUUUCGGCAUCCUUACUGCUUUCAACUUUCCACUAACCGGCCCCACAGACAUCGAACACCGCUCCAUUUGCCACUCUUACGCUCGCCACUCACAGGAUAUUCAUCAGACAUCGGCCUUUACACACAUCAGCUCAUGAUCAUGCCUUUCACACACACACACACACACA